GUUCGGCCUUGGACCUCAUCUCGGGCUUGUCGCGUAUCAACCUGAUUCAGCAGCUAAAACACUUUUAAUGAUUCCAAACACAGUUUGGUAUUUAUUUUUAAUAAGUCUUUCGGUCCAAAUGUUUGUUUAUUGUGAAGAAGAUGAUAAGAAGUCAGAGCUUGUUUUGCUGGACUUUACCUCGGUUCCGACCCUUCAUGGAUGGUCAGAGAUGUCAGAUAUGAUCAGACUCAUUGGCAAGUCCAAGGCAGUUCUGGUUCUCCAGAAGACUCUCAGAUUCCAAAGGGCUGUGUUGUUCACAAUGCUUAAUCCUCAACCAGAUGGCGCUGGAUUUGCAGGUUUCCGGACAGACCGGGAGUUUGACCUGAGUGAUUACCACAGUCUGCAGAUGAUGUGUCGCGGCCAAGGAGACCAUUUCGGGUACAAGGUAGUGCUCAGGCACUGGGGUGAGAACACCGACCCGUUCCCUUCGUAUGAACACAUGUUUCAGGCUCCAAUGCGUAAAUUUGACAUUGUAACACUUCCUCUCCACCACUUUGAGGCUUACUAUCGAGGCCGCAAGAAAAACAACUCCAUACCUCUGGACAAGUCGAAGAUCUCAAGCUUCGAGCUGCAGAUGUAUGGAGGAGUCUACCUUCCUGUCAAACAGUGGGGCACAUCCUCCUUGGAGAUUGACUGGGUCAAAGCGGUUUAAUCAUGUAAUGAGUACAACAAUAAAUGUUUCAGUUAUCUCCAAU